AGGCCCUUUUCAGUUUACUUAUUGCACACGUUCGUAUUAUAACUGUUCGCGGGAUAGUAGUGUUAGUGUUUGUCCGUGUGAUCCUAAUCUGCAUGUUCUUUCAGAGUUUUUGUUUUCAAACCUCCAAACAACUUUGUAAAUUACGAAUGAGCCUGUACACAGUUUCUCCAUUGAAACUCGGAGUUGAAGUUAAUGGAAUAGAUUUGAAGAAAGAAAUCCCAUACGAAGUGGUUCAGCAGAUUAAAGCAGAUGUGACCAAACAUCGAGUAAUGGUUUUCAGAGGCCAAGGAAUUGUUGAAGGCAAAAGGCAUAUUCAAAUAAGUCAGUGGUUUGGAGAACUUGAAUCAACUUUUUACAGACAUUCUAAGUCUCCUGAUUUGGAUAUCUUCAGAGUCUCUAAUGUCUCAUCAGAGGGGUGUACAAAUGUUGGUCGAACUGGAUGGCAUAUUGAUGGAAGUUUCAUGAAAGCACCAUUCAGUCACUCACUGUACCACAUCAUAUCUGUUCCAAAGAAAGGGGACACGGUUUUUGCACCUCUAACUGAGCUUAUUGAAGGGCUUAGCUGUGAAAAAUAUCAUCGUUGGGAACGGCUUUGGAUGGUUAGUGAUAGACAAGAAAGUAUUAUUCAUCCACUAAUCUAUUCUCACCCAGUGACGAAAAAGAAGGUUAUGUGUUUUCACUUGGGAAUGACAAAAGAAUUCUUAUGGGAUUAUGAAACUCCCCAACAACUCCGGACAACUGAUGCUGAAACAAUCGAGAUUCUUGAAGAAAUCCACCAGGAAUUUGUGAAAGAUAAUAAAGCUAUUCAAUAUUCUCAUAAGUGGGAACCAGGUGAUUUCAUAAUUUCUGACAACCUAGCUGUGGGUCAUGAAGCAAGUCCUGAGACUCAGUACCAUCCUUCGGAUGUAGGCUUAAGAGUAAUGCACAGAACAACAGUCAAAGGCCAGCAUGUUCCAACAAAAGAGUAUCCUCUGGAAUAAGGUGCUUUACUCUGUACAUAUGGAACCUGCAGUAAUCUAUCACCUUGUAACUCCUGCCAUUGAAAGAUCUUUGUUUCGUAGACUUUCAAGUAAAUAUCAUUUGCAUUGGUCAAAUUCUUUAAAUUAUUGUGACUAGCUGGCAACAAUUUACCAAGUUCUAGUGUUUAGAAUAUAACCAUUAUAUAUUAGUAUAGAUAUCCAGACUAGAUGUAAACAAUGAUGAAAUUAUUUCAAGAAAGUUGUGAAAGCACAGCAUUUAUUGGAAAAGUCGCACUAUGAUAAUCAAUUGAUAAGCAUUUUCUUAUAGAUUGUCCAAAAUAUCAAGUGAAAACAAGCAUGUUCAAGCAGUGUUUCAGGUUUUUCUUUUACUGUAUUUUUGUUUCUAUUUCAUUUCAGAAAAUCAAUUAUCAUCACACACAUAGAUCUAAAAUAUUGAAAAAAAAUUAAAUGUAAAAAUGCAAUACUUCUUGGAAAUUAAAUGACUAGUUAUAUAUUAGGGCUAGAAAUAAACUUUUUAAUUUUUUGCCACCAGCAAAUGUUUGUAAAAGCAUAGUUCAAAAAUUAUAUUUUUAUGUUGUAUAUGUUUUAACUUCUUAAUUUCAAGUAAAAAAUUUCUUCCUCUUAAUUUUUGUGUCAUGUGACAGGUCUGAGCUCUGAUUUUGUAACUUCAAUAAUAGACUGCUGCAGUUUCAAAUCAGUUAGAAACCCAAGUUAUAUAUAAAUACAAGGCAAGAUUCUAGAACAUACAUCUUUUACCUUCUUCAUUUGCUCAGAUAUCAAUAAAUUUGUCAAACCUACCUCUCUCUCUAAGCAACUUUCCAAGGCACCCCCAGUAGCACAGCGGUAUGUCUGCGGACGUACAACGCUAGAAUCUGGGUUUCGAUACCCGUGGUGGGCAGAGCACAGAUAGUCCAUUGUGUAGCUUUGUGCUUAACUUCAAAAACAAAACAAACUUUCCAAGGCUGUUGGACAUGUUUAUAACCAAUAGAAAAAGCAUACAUAUUCUUCUCUAACAAUGGAGUCUCUCAUUGUCUUUACUUUCCUGCUCUGAUAUUCAGUCAUUAGAGUUUCUUGUACCUUCAAGAACAAAUUGCUACUCCGAAGUGGUUUUGGACAUUUUAAAACUAUAUUUAACAUACUUAGAAAGUUGGCUAAAUUAUAGUAGUUCUGAGUACUUUAUUCUAGUAGCAUAUAUUUUUGUGCACUUAAAUGUUUAUUUGAGAACUGCAUAAAUUAUUUUUUGUACAUCCAAAAUUGUGAAACUUGUUUAGGUAUACCAAAUGAGGCUGAAAGAAAUGUGUGUUCUAAUUUACACAGAAGAGCAAACCUAUUUGAUAGUAUCAUGGGUAUUACCAAUUUUUGUUUUUCUAUAUAAUGAUUUAAUUUGUAGUUAUAUUUUUAUCAAAAAUAAGUAAAAUUUAAGCAUCUAUGAGAAAAUAGUAAUAUAUAUAUAUAUAUAUAGAUAAUUAUAGCCUCUUCCUUUCACAGUUGCUAUAGUGACAGAAUGACAUUUCGUUACCCUUCUGUAGUUGUUUAGCAGUGAGUUCUCUUGGGAAAUAGCUUAUGCUGAUGUUCCAUAAGCAUACAUUCCAACAGCCAUUAAUAUCUGAAUUAAUUGAGGGAAAAUAUAAAGUUUGUCCAGAAAUAAUCAAAAGUCCUAGUAUAUUGUAUUUGUUUAUUACAGAGCGUUUCAAAAAAAGGUCUAGAACAGGUCUAAUUUUGAAUAAAAAAUAAUUAUGCUUAUAAUUAGUUGUAGUAAGAGCAUUAGCAUUAUUAUUGAUUUUUAGGUUGUUUUAUAUAUAGCCAAAAAUGUAUCCCGAGAGGAAACCUUAGAAAUUCAAGGAAUAAAGAAAAUAUGAUACAUAAGAAAGUAGUCUGAAAUAGAAGGAUUAUAGUUACAACUGAUUCCUAUAGUUACAUCUAAGUAAGCUAAAAUAUCCUAAACAGUGAAAUCUGUCCAUUUUAUAGUUUUUUUUAACUUGGUGAUUUAU